AUGAUUAAUAAUUUUGACCAGCAAAUUCAAUACAUACCACAGUUUCAACAAAUGCAGCAUCAAAUGCAGCAGCAGCAACAACAACAAAUGCAACAGCAACAGCAACAACAACAACAACAACAACCACAACAAAUGCAAAUUCAAUUAUCAACACAUGAAGAAAGAUUAGAAUUAGCAUCACAAUCAUCACCAUUUGAAGAGAAAGUAACAUUAAAUGGUUUACAAAAGAAUAUUAAAGUGGUUAUAAAGAAUAGUCCAUUCAAUGUUCAAUUAAGAUUAAAGAAAGCAAAUGAAAUCGAUUUGAAUUGUGUUGCAUUUGAAUCGACAUUACUCUAUGAUUGUGAUACCAAUGAAGAGAAGGAAGUAGAUUUCGUUAAAGUGAAACCGGUCGAACAUAAAGCAUCACCCAAUGAGACUGGUGAAUUGGUAAACAUUGAAUUACGUAUUAAAGUAUUAACUUCACAACACGAAGAUAUGUUCUUUCGUGUGAAAAUCGAAGGACAAGACCCAAUCUCCAAAGAACCCAUCAAAGGACUCUACGCAUUAACUCACUCUAUUAAAGUCAUCUCAAAACCUGAACAAUUAAAAAAAAAGCAACCUCCUAAAAAGCGUACUUGGAAUGAUAUCCUAUUGGAAUCCGUCUCAAAAAUUCAACAUCAACAACAUGAACAACAAAAAUUAAUUGAAAAACUUUUACAACAACAAGCAGGUUUAAGUGGUAGUACCUCCACCACCAACAAUAACAACACUACAACCACCACAACCACUACCUCUUCAAAUAAUAUAACCUCUUCCUCUGCAAUUAAUUUACCUUCACCACCUUCUUCAACUUCAUCUUCACCUUCAUCUUCACCAUCUUCAUCACCAACCCUUGUAAAUUCUCAUUUAUUAACUUCAACUUUAAAUAAUACAUCAUCAAAUAAUUUAAAUUCUUCAUCAAAUACGUUAAAUAAUAACAAUAAUAAUAAUAAUAAUAAUAGUAAUACUAGUACUAGUAACAAUAAUAACUGUAAUAUAAAUAAUAAUAAUAAUAAUAAUAAUAAUAACAAUAAUAAUAAUAUUAGUGGAUUUGAAGAUAGUUUUAAACAAAUGAUGAACGCAUAUACACAAUUAGAUCCAAGACAAAGAGCAGAAAAAGUUAGGAGAGUAUUUCGUAACGCUUCAAGUAGAGAUUCUGAAACAUUAAGUGAAUUAUUGGACCUUUUUAUAACUGAAGGUGUUGGUGGACAAUUAGGUACUGCUGUCGCACCAUUACCAAAUUCACCUCCUCGUUUAUCAAAUUCUUCUACCCAAAUUCAAAAUAGUAAUAAUAAUAAUAACAAUAAUAAUAAUAAUAAUAAUAAUAACAAUAACAAUAAUAAUAACAGCAAUAAUAAUAAUAGUACUAAUAAUAAUAACAACAAUAAUAAUAAUAAUAAUAACAAUAGUACUAUACCAAAUAAUCCUUUCAUGUCUUCACAUUCAAAUAAUGGUGACCCAUAUCCAUUCUUUUCAAAUAACUCUUUUGACAAUGAUUCAUUUAAUUCCUUUGGUGGUUCUUCAAAUUCUGAAUUUAUACCAUUCUAA